ACAUGGCGAGUGCUGUGCUGCCGAGCGGACCCCAGUGUGCGGCGGCGGCGGCGGCGGCGGCGGCGGCGGCGGCGCCUCCCGGGCUCCGGCUCCGGCUUCUGCUGUUGCUCCUGUCUGCCGCGGCACUGAUCCCCACAGGUGAUGGACAGAAUUUGUUUACAAAAGACGUGACAGUGAUUGAAGGAGAAGUUGCAACCAUCAGCUGCCAAGUCAAUAAGAGUGACGACUCUGUUAUUCAACUACUGAAUCCCAAUAGGCAGACCAUUUAUUUCAGGGACUUCCGGCCUCUGAAGGACAGCAGGUUCCAGCUGCUGAAUUUUUCGAGCAGUGAACUGAAAGUGUCGCUGACAAAUGUCUCCAUUUCUGAUGAAGGAAGAUACUUCUGCCAGCUCUACACUGACCCCCCGCAGGAAAGUUACACCACAAUCACAGUCCUGGUCCCACCACGUAAUCUGAUGAUCGAUAUCCAGAAAGACACUGCGGUGGAAGGUGAGGAGAUUGAAGUCAACUGCACCGCCAUGGCCAGCAAACCAGCCACGACCAUCCGGUGGUUCAAAGGGAACAAGGAGCUCAAAGGCAAAUCAGAGGUGGAGGAGUGGUCAGACAUGUACACUGUGACAAGUCAACUGAUGCUGAAGGUGCACAAGGAGGAUGACGGGGUUCCAGUCAUCUGUCAGGUGGAGCACCCUGCUGUCACCGGAAACCUGCAGACCCAGCGGUACCUGGAAGUGCAGUAUAAGCCUCAAGUGCAUAUUCAGAUGACUUACCCUCUACAAGGCCUAACCCGGGAAGGGGACGCGCUUGAGUUAACAUGUGAAGCCAUCGGGAAGCCCCAGCCUGUGAUGGUGACUUGGGUGAGAGUCGAUGAUGAAAUGCCUCAACAUGCUGUACUGUCGGGGCCCAACCUGUUCAUCAAUAACCUAAACAAAACAGAUAAUGGUACAUACCGCUGUGAGGCUUCCAACAUAGUGGGGAAAGCUCAUUCGGAUUAUAUGCUGUAUGUAUACGAUCCCCCCACAACUAUCCCUCCUCCCACAACAACCUCCACCACCACCACCACCACCACCAUCCUCACCAUCAUCACAGACACCACGGCGACGACAGAACCAGCAGUUCACGGCCUUACUCAGUUGCCCAAUUCCGCAGAAGAACUGGACAGUGAGGACCUCUCAGAUUCUCGAGCAGGUGAAGAAGGCGCGAUCAGGGCGGUGGAUCACGCCGUGAUUGGCGGCGUCGUGGCCGUGGUGGUGUUUGCCAUGCUGUGUUUGCUCAUCAUUCUGGGGCGCUAUUUUGCCAGACAUAAAGGUACAUACUUCACUCAUGAAGCCAAAGGAGCCGAUGACGCAGCAGACGCAGACACAGCUAUAAUCAAUGCAGAAGGAGGACAGAACAACUCUGAAGAAAAGAAAGAGUACUUCAUCUAGAUCAGCCCUUUUGUUUCAAUGAGGUGUCCAACUGGCCCUAUUUAGAUGAUAAAGAGACAGUGAUAUUGGAACUUGCGAGAAAUUCGUGUGCUUUUUUAUGAAUGGGUGGAAAGGUGUGAGACUGGGAAGGCUUGGGAUUUGCUGUGUAAAAAAAAAAAAUUGAAAAGAAAUGUUCUUUGAAAAGUACGCUCUGCUGUUUGACACCUCUUUUUCUGAAUGUUUGGUUUUUCAAUUUUUAUUUCUUCCUACCAAGUCAAACUUGGACGCUUGGAUUUAGUUUGGAUAGAUUGCAGAAAAUUCUGUGCCUUGUUUUCCGUUUGUUGGUUGUGUUCCUUCUUUUCUUUUCCCUCCCUCCUUUGUGUGAAUUUAUUUUUCCCAAAAAAUUUUUGGAUUUUUUUUUUUUUUUCCCAAAAAAAAAUCUCCCGUUUUGGAAUUUGCCUGCUGGGAUUCCUUAGAACCUUUUGACCCUCCUUAUUUUGUUAUUGUUGUUCCUUUCCUUUGUUUAUUUUUGAAGCUUUCUGUUCAAAAUUCAGUUUCAUAAAAGGAGAACCAGCACAGCUUAGAUCUCAUAGUUCAGAAUUUAGUGUAUCCAUAAUGCAUUCUUCUCUGUUGUCGUAAAGAUUUGGGUGAACAAACCAUGAGAACUCUUCGCUGCUGCCCAUGUUUCGAAUACUAUAGAGCAGUGAAGACUAGAAACUUAGACUGUGAUCCAGAAACUGUUCUGUUUGCUGUGGAACUACAUUACUGUACAGGGUUAUCUGCAAGUGAGGUGUGUCACAAUGAGAUUGAAACUGUCUUUAAUUCUGUAUCUGUAGACGGCUCAGUAUAGAUAAUACCCCAUGCUGUCCAGAAAGGUUUGGGGCAGAAAGGGCUCCUCCUUUUUCAGUGCCCUAAACAGACCUGACAGGUGAGGUCUGUUCCUUUUAUAUAAGUGGACGAAUUUGAGUUGCCACAGGAGGGGAAGUAGGGAGGGGGGAAAGACAGUUCUGCUCUGGUUAUUUCUGUUCCAAAUGAUUCCAUCCACCUUUCCCAAUCGGCCUUACUUCUCACUAAUUUGUAGGAAAAAGCAAGCCCAUGUGGUGUGUGAAUGACUGAAUGAGACAGGUUUUUUAUUUUUUCUUUUUCUUUUUUUUUUUUUUUCCUUUGUGCUUAGUUAGGAAGGCAGUGGGAUGUGGCCUGCAUGUACUGUAUAUUACAGAUAUUUGUCAUGCUGGGAUUUCCAACUCGAAUCCGUGUGAAACUUUCAUUCCUUACGAUUUGGCUUGACAAAGGCAGGAGGUAAAAAAGAAGGGUCCGUAUUGUUCUCAGACCGGCCCGCCGUCCAUCUCAGUUCUCGAAAGGUCAGAGCAGAGGUGGAAAAACAGCAUGUAGGGGUUUUUCAGUUACUUAAUCAAAACUCGGAUGUGAGUGUUUUUAUCUUUUUACCUUUCAUACACUAGCCUUGGCCUCUUUCCUCAGCCUUAAGAACCAUCUGCCAAAAAAUUACUGAUCCUCGCAUGAUGGCAGCCAUAGUGCAUAGCUACUAAAAUAAGUUACCUGGAACAUAUCUUAGAUGGGGAGCCUUGGGAAAAGGAAGCGGAGUCCAGUUACCAUUGACAUUUUUUUAAAGAAACGGGAUUUUCACUGAAACGUCUAGGAAAUCUAGAAGUAGUCCUAACGGACGAAAACUAACUCUUACCAUGUGCUUUGGUAAGGCUCCAGGCUCCAGAAUGCAGUCCCUACGGAAAGAC